UCGAUCUCGAACUUGGGAGCAACGAACCUGUCGCGCUUUUCAUCGUUCUUUAAGAGUUCCGCUCGCGAGAUACGAUCCCGAGAGCAGAGUCCCGUGCCCGCAACGAGAGCAGGCGGCCCAACGUCCGAGGCUUCCGGCCGUUCACGAUCCAUCGGGUCCGACGCGUUGAAAGUUUCCCUGCUCUAAAGUAGUGUUCCGGUCGAGAGUCGUUAUAUCCCUCUCGUCGAGUCCCGACGCGAUGCGACGGAAGAAAUCCGCUGGCCCUCGAUCUUUCGGUUUCGUAGUCGCGCCGCCGGUGCCGCGCGUCGACGAGCGUCCCGUGCGGCCGAGCCGAGAACGCCGGAAACCGUAGCACCGCGUAACAGUGCGCCGGGGUAAAUCACCGGCAACCAAAAGUGAUACGCGUCGCGCAGUGUCUCCUCGAAGAAUUCGGAGAGCAGCUCGCCUUUCGCUUUGAUUCCCGUUUGCGACGGUUCGAUGAAAUUCAUGGCAAACCACACGAAUCGAUCGUUGAACCUGUUCACCGUUGAAUUUCUCCGAAGAAUUCAGAAGCGAGAAGAGGCGGAGGAAGGAGGUUCCGAAGAAGGCUGGUUGCGAGUGGAUUAACCGAUUUUCUUCCGGCCGACUGGGACCAACGCUCUAUGCGAACGGCCGAUCAUCGUCUUUCGUCGUGACGCGAGGCCAACGCCAGAUAAACGUAGAACAUCAGGGGGACCGCCGGUGCCGUCAUGGAAGUCGCUACCGAACUAUCACCUCUGUCAGGGUCCGACGCGCAAUGCAAAAUUGCGGAAAGGACCUCGUACUAUCCCCAAGAUCCAAACAAAAGGCCAAAGACCAGACAAGAGCGGAUUCGAUCUUGCUUGAGACACAACUCUUUGACCAUUCUGACUGUUGGCGGGGUUGUCGGUGGGGUGAUUCUUGGCAUCGUAUUGAGAAGCACGAGGACGCAAGGAUGGACGCCCCGUGAGAUCAUGUACAUCAAUUAUAUCGGAGAUUUGUUUCUAAGAAUGUUGAAAAGCUUGAUCCUGCCGCUGAUCAUAUCCAGCUUGGUCUCCGCCAUUGGAUCCCUCGAUCUAUCCCUCAGUGGCAGGAUCGGUGCUCGAGCUAUCACGUAUUACAUGGUUACCACCAUCAGUGCCGUAAUAUUAGGUAUUAUUUUAGUGAUCACCGUUCAGCCGGGUGUAGGAAAUAAUCCAAACGUUAAGACAAAAGCACCCCCGCAGAAUGUCUCGACUAUCGACACGCUAAUGGACUUGAUUAGGAACAUGUUCCCUCCGAAUCUGGUGGAGGCUUGCAUCUCUCAGCACAGAACGGAAAUGCAGAAACCGGAGAAUGCCAGUUCAGCCAACAUGGACGACUGGGAACCGGUACAGAAGAGCGUCUCUGGAACCAACAUUAUGGGUCUGGUUGUCUUUGCCACUGCUCUAGGCAUUACUUUGGGAAAGAUGGAGGAAACGGGGAAGCCACUGCUCUACUUCUUCGAGUCUUUGUCGGGCGCGAUGAUGUUGAUAACUCACUGGGUUAUUUGGUUAUCACCUGUGGGUGUAUUGUUUUUAGUAGCUGCCAAGAUUACCGAGAUGCAGUCGCUGGACGAAGUGGUCGCUCAACUUGGAAUGUACUUUUUAACUGUCUUGAUUGGCCUGUUCAUACAUGGAUUUAUAGUCCUACCUAUUUUAUAUUUUCUGAUAACAAAGAGAAACCCGUAUGUCUAUAUAUCUAAUAUGGCGCAAGCUUUGGUCACUGCUUUCGGCACAUCGUCGAGCUCCGCCACUCUUCCCAUUGCCAUCAAUUGUCUGGAGGAGAAUAACAAUGUCGAUCCACGGAUUACCAGAUUCGUUUUGCCGAUAGGCGCUACCAUUAACAUGGACGGCACAGCUCUGUACGAGGCUGUCGCUGCAAUUUUCAUAGCGCAAGUUCGCCAAGUCAGCCUCAGUUUUGGACAAUUGGUAGCCGUUAGUAUCACAGCGACUGCUGCCAGUAUCGGAGCGGCUGGAAUUCCACAGGCCGGCCUGGUCACGAUGGUAAUGGUUCUAGACACGGUUCGCCUUCCAGCCGAUGAUGUCUUCCUGGUGAUCGCGGUUGAUUGGUUGUUAGAUCGCUGUAGGACAACGGUGAAUGUGGUCGGUGACUCUCUUGGAGCAGGAAUAGUGAAUUACUUGAGUAGAAACGAGCUGGCUUCUUUGCCCCAUAACGCACAGUCGCAGAACGGCGGAGACCACCACACCUCGACGUCUAUAUGAAAUUAGAGUGUCGGCGAACCUCAUCGAAAUUCCUUUACGACUCUCUCGAUUAAUUCUACGACACUGCACGUUCACGCUACGCAACAAUCGCUCGAUUAAACGUACGGAAAACUUAACACGCGUAAUAGCUCUCUUAAACCAGCAAUAACAUAUAUAUCUGCUACCUUCGAGUUAUCGAAUAUCCCCUCUCCCUCUCAAGUAACUCUCUUUCACGAGACUUUUAGGUGCGACAACUAUUGUUUUAUAUUUAAUCUUGUUCGGUUAAAGUACAAAACGAUCCAAUGAUCCGAUCAUGUUUUAAUGGUCGUUUCCAGUAGCAACUGCUAACUCGAAUGACAAUAAUUGAUAGCGUAAGAUUGCGUGGCAUACGCACACGCGGACAUUCCGAAGCAUCAUAAAAUACGAUUUUAUUGUGAAAUACCUUGUUCUCGAAUAGAGUCCUAUUUACUCGAUGGAAUUAGAUGGAAUUAGAUGGAAUUUUAUGGAAUUUUAUGGAAUUUUAUGGAAUUUUAUGGAAUAUCGUAGGAAAUCCUCCUUUCCAAUGAAUAUUCUGUACACUUGCGUUGAUGCGUUGUAUAGAAAAUAGUACUAGGGACACUACGAACGCGUUACUGCCUAAACGUUCGAAUUUCUUUCAACAGUGUUAUCUAUUAUCUUCCCAUUUCCGAAUAGCUUGCGUAUUUGCCGAGAAUGCGAUCGUUAUUCGAAGCGAUAGAAAUUUUCUAGUAAAUAGCCGAGCUGUACAACACGCGAUUCUCAAGUAUUCGAGUAUUCAAGAUUCUCAUUGCUCGAUGCCAACCGGCUGUUUCUAUACACGCUUCCGAAUGUAAACUGGUGCGCCCUUUCCGAAAUCUUGUCUCGAAGAAUGUGUGCCUUACGUUCGGAAGCUUGGAUAUUAACGCAUCCAAUUGCGAAUCGAAUCGAAUCGAAUCGAAUCGAAUCGAAUCGAAUUCUUUUAGAGGCAGUAUUAGUAGGGUGUACCGAUAAAUUAUCAGUCGAACACGCGAAUACACUCACUAUAUUAAAAGUUGUCUUCCAUUAAUGUAUAUUAUCUAUAUAACUAUUAAAACUUAUCGUUAGUCGAAACAUCAAAUAGUUGAACAAGUGUGAAAUUUAUUGUUAUCACUUCCGGGAAUCGUGAAAGCGAUAAUAUGAAUCUGUUAUAUAAAUGUGUUCAGUUUUUCAUAGUAUUAUUUGCUGAGAAAUGCAGGAAAGAAGUCGUUAAAAGUUAUUAAUAUAAAUAAAAAUAUUAAGAUAUUCGGUAUCUUAUUGUAAUGCUUUACUAAUAUACUAUUUAGAAGAAGAAGAGUGUUCCCUGAAUGGAAAAAACUACAAAACUAUUUUACUCGUCGAUCAUGAAUAUCAUGAAAAAUUUAUUAUUUAUAUAUAUAUAUAUAUAUAUAUAAAUAAUAAAUUAUAUAUAUAUAUA